CCAACAAACACCCAAAAAGCCAAACACAUUACCAAAAAACAACAUGAGAUGAUGAAUCUAUGAUGAGCGCCUAUUUCUCAAAAUCUAGUUGACUCCAAUCAAUCCUCACUCCAUUUCCUUCUCUUCUAUAACAAAAAAAAAUCUUCCGCCAUUGACAUCAAUCCAUGGCAGCAUAUCGAAUUGCGGUGCCGUUUCCGCUAAUGUUAGCGGAGGUUGAACCUGCUUCUUCUGCUGCUACUACCAGUAUGAAUACUACUUCCGCAGCUGCUUUGGCGGAAGAAUCAGCGUCAAAUCCUUCUGACGCUGUCAUCUUCUUCGGAGUUAGUCUCGUUUUAGGGAUUGCUUGUCGUCAUUUUCUUCGAGGUACUCGCGUUCCUUACACAGUCGCUUUGCUCAUCAUCGGCAUUGGCCUCGGUUCCUUAGAAUAUGGUACAAAGCAUGGUGUGGGAAGGUUUGGGGACGGUAUCCGCAUUUGGGAAAAUAUUGACCCAGAGCUCCUUUUGGCUGUAUUUCUCCCUGCCCUUCUGUUUGAAAGUUCAUUUUCAAUGGAAAUUCACCAGAUAAAGAGGUGUGCAGCUCAAAUGGUUAUACUUGCUGGACCAGGAGUUCUGAUAUCAACUUUUUGUCUUGGAGCAGCGCUGAAGUUCUCAUUUCCUUAUGACUGGAACUGGAAGACAUCAUUGUUGCUCGGUGGACUUCUAAGUGCAACUGACCCUGUAGCUGUUGUAGCUCUCUUGAAAGAACUCGGGGCAAGCAAAAAAUUGAGUACAAUAAUUGAGGGGGAGUCCUUGAUGAAUGAUGGGACUGCAAUUGUGGUGUAUCAACUUUUCUAUCAAAUGGUCCUUGGUCGAAGCUUUAACUGGGCAUCAAUUCUGAAAUAUUUGGUCCAAGUCUCAUUUGGGGCUGUGGGAUUUGGAAUUGCAUUUGGAGUAGCAUCAGUGUUGUGGCUGGGAUUUAUUUUCAAUGACACCGUCAUAGAGAUUACUUUGACACUCGCCGUGAGCUAUGUUGCCUAUUUUACUGCUCAAGAGGGAGCUGAUGUGUCUGGUGUCCUGACGGUGAUGACUUUAGGAAUGUUUUAUGCAGCAGCUGCUAGGACAGCUUUUAAAGGUGAAAGUCAACAGAGUUUGCAUCACUUUUGGGAGAUGGUAGCAUACAUAGCUAAUACGCUGAUCUUUAUCUUGAGUGGUGCCGUCAUAGCACAAGGUGUUCUCAGCAGCGAUAACAUUUUUCAAAACCAUGGCAUUGCAUGGGGCUAUCUGAUUCUUCUUUAUGUAUACGUCCUAGUUGCUCGGGGAGUGGUUGUUGGUGUUUUGUUCCCGUUUCUACGAUAUUUUGGCUAUGGUUUGGAUUGGAAAGAAGCUAUGAUUUUAGUAUGGUCAGGGUUGCGGGGAGCUGUAGCCUUGUCUCUUUCACUGUCUGUUAAGCGUUCAAGUGGUGACCCGGCUCUUCUCAGUUCGCAGACCGGAACACUGUUUGUGUUUUUCACAGGCGGGAUUGUGUUCUUGACGCUAAUUAUAAAUGGGUCAACCACACAAUUUGUCUUGCGGUUUUUAGGGAUGGACAAGUUAUCAAAAGCAAAGAGACGCAUAUUGGAAUUUACAAAAUAUGAAAUGGAAAAGAAAGCAUUAGAGGCAUUUGGGGAUCUUGGUGAAGACGAAGAACUGGGACCUGCUGACUGGCCCACAGUCAAAAGAUAUAUUAAGAGCUUAAACAGCAUUGACGGGGAUCGCACACACCCCCAUGAUGUUUCUGAUGCUUCAGACAAUGGAGGUUUUCUGGAUCCCAUGAACUUGAAAGAUACGCGUGUACGCCUCUUAAAUGGUGUUCAAGCUGCUUACUGGGUAAUGCUUGAUGAAGGGAGGAUAACACAAAGUACUGCAAAUGUAUUGAUGCAAUCAGUUGAUGAAGCACUUGACUCGGUAGAUCAUGAGCCAUUAUGUGAUUGGAAAGGGUUAAAAAGUAAUGUUCACUUUCCAAAUUACUACCGGUUCCUUCAAGGCAGCAUCUAUCCAAAAAAGCUGGUUACAUUUUUCACCGUUGAAAGAUUAGAAUCUGCAUGUUACAUUUGUGCUGCAUUUCUGCGGGCCCAUAGAAUUGCUCGUGGCCAGUUGCAUGAUUUCAUUGGUGACAGUGAGAUAUCUUUUGCUGUCAUCAAUGAAAGUGAGGCAGAAGGAGAGGAAGCAAGAAAUUUUUUGGAAGAUGUCCGCACUACCUUUCCUGAGGUUUUACGAGUUGUAAAGACAAGGCAAGUAACAUAUGCAGUAUUGCAACAUUUAAUUGAGUACAUUGAGAGUCUAGAGAAGGCAGGAUUAUUGGAACAGAAAGAGAUGCUUCAUCUUCAUGAUGCUGUCCAGACUGACUUGAAAAGACUUGUACGUAAUCCUCCAACUGUUAAGAUUCCAAAGAUUGGGGAAUUAAUCAGCAUGCAUCCUUUUCUUGGAGCCCUUCCUUCAACUGUUCGUGAUUUGCUGGUUGGUUCGACUAAAGAAGAAGUUAAAGUGCGCGGUAUGACACUAUACAAGGAGGGUGGCAAGUCAAAUGGGAUCUGGCUUAUAUCAAAUGGUGUGGUGAAGUGGGGCAGCAAAAACAGGAAGAAUAAGCAUGCCUUGCAUCGGACUUUUACCCAUGGAAGCAGUUUGGGGUUAUAUGAAGUGUUGAUUGGAAAGCCUUAUCUCUGUGACAUGAUUACAGAUUCUGUUGUAGUUUGCUUCUUUAUCGAAACUGAGAAGAUUCUUGCUGUUCUGGGAUCAGAUCCGGCAGUGGAGCAUUUCUUCUGGAAGGAAAGUGUAAUUGUGCUUGCCAAAGUUCUCCUUCCUCGAGUUUUUGAGAAUAUGUCAAUGCAAGAAAUGAGGAUGCUCACUGCUGAGAGGUCAACAUUAAAUACCUACCUGAGGGGUGAAACUAUAGAAGUCCCACCACAUUCAAUUGGGUUUUUAUUAGAAGGCUUUAUUAAAAGCCAUUCUCUUGUUGAGGAGCUGAUAACAUCACCAGCAGCUUUAUGGCCAGCACAAGGAAAUUCGAGCUUCCUCAGCCAAGAUGGUUCUGGAUAUAAAUCAACCAGCUUUUCACACCAGGGAGCCUCGUACUAUGUUGAGACAAGAGCUAGAGUUCUUUUGAUUGACAUGGCUCCAGCGCAAGCUGAUAAUACUCUCCUCAGGCGGAAAUCCUCCGUAUUGCUCCGUGAUCAGUCUUCAAGAUCUCUGGCUAGAGAACAUGGUAGUCUUCUGAGUUGGCCUGAGCAUCAAUACAAGUCACAUCAUCGUCUACCAGGCCAAGAAAUAGAGGAUACUCAAAACUUGUCAGCCAAAGCAAUGCAUCUGAGCAUCUAUGGAAGCACGGUAAACGUUGUCCCUUCUCGAGGAUAUAGUUUAAAAGGGGAUACCUUGGGAAAUCCGUCACAUUUCCGGUCAUACCAUCAAGUUCCAGUAAGCCAGGAACCACGUGGUCUGACUUCAGUGAAAUCAGAAGGAUCUAAUACUGUUAGGAAGAGACUCGGAGAGGAUGUAAUGAGGGAAGAGGUUCUACCUCCAUCACAUAGUAGGCACCCAAGUCGUGCAAGAGAUGACUCGAGUUCUGAAUCUGGUGACGAAGAUGAAAUUCUUGUGAGAAUUGAUUCGCCAAGUAAGCUCUCUUUCCGCCAAGCACCUUGAUAUCCUUUGUGGCGAAGAUGAAAUUCUUGUGAGAAUUGAUUCGCCAAGUAAGCUCUCUUUCUGCCAAGCACCCUUGAUAAGUUGAUAUCCUUUGUACUACAUUCAUUCACUUCUUUCUUAUCCAGUAAAAUGUAUUUCCUGUGUAUAUGGGAAUUGGGAAAGAGAGUGGUAGUUUCCACUUUGGUUUAUUAAACAAACUGUUGACGUUUGUAGUCUCGCGAGCAAUUUCGAGAGUGUUGCUAUUUUUGGUUUGUAAGUUUGUAUAUCAACUCUGAACAGUGUAUUAUUUACCAUAAUAGUAAAGUAUACAUGAAGUGAUUCAUAUCAUCA